AUUAAAUCAAUGUUAACACCACGCACGCUACGUACAGAUUGAAACCAUCGAAUUAAUCACAAGAUCGUUUGCCGCCAAGAAACCUGUCGACCGAAGAAGGAACAUUUCUGACUGGAUAGGCAUCAGACCUCGAGUAAGGGAAGAAAAUGGUGUCCUCGGCGAUACUGGGAGCUGCCACUGGCACCGGGUUGGCCCUGGUUGUCGCCAUGACUAUCGUGGUGUACCGAUACUACGCUGCCAAACGCAAGGGAAAACACUGGAGUGAUCUGGACCGGUGGAGGGAUCCACCACCCACAAAACCCCGACAGGAGACCCACUAUCACCAUUCUCAUUGUGCACCCACCUCACGUGUCCUGGACUGCUGGAACAAGCCACAAAACAAUUACUGUGCCGUGCAAUCUGAAAAAUUCAACGUGACAAAGGAACAGUACGCUGUACAGCCAAUAACGGACACUGGAGCAGUAUUACCACAUCAAAGCCGCAGCUACCCCGGAGGAUCCGGAGGGGGCAGAACUUUUGGAAGAAAUUCUUCCGUCGGCUGUCAAAGCUCCCUGGAAGGAGCUUCGGGUCCUUCGGUACAUCGUGGAUCGUCUCCGCAAAUCAGAGCUUUCGGUCCGGAUGGCCGCCAUCAUCACGUGGACCCGAUACCUACAGCUUCCUCCUACCCACCCGACAGAAGCUCAAGGCCACCAUCUCCAGCUCGAGCGGCGUCAGUAGAUGCCCGGUGCGGAAGUCCUGCAAAUUGCAGCGGCGUCCACAGUGGAACAGUCUCUCCCUCUCAGGGUUCGAUCGCGUCCUUAGCAACGGGUGCAGGCUCUUCCUGUGGGUCCCCGUCUGUAACAGCUCCUAGACCAGGCAGAAGCUGUCGCUCACCCCUGCUUAUACCUCCGCCCAGAUCUUCUAACAGCAACGACUGUGGCCCAACAUCGCCGUCCUUACCUUUGGGUACUCUGCAGCCAGACUUAUAUCAACAAGGAGAAACUCCACUCUUUCUCAGUUCCUGCAGAGAUGGGAAAAGUUUGGGACGUCUGCAUCUCCGUCUGAAAUACGAUUUCAAAACGUCUGAUCUAAGAGUGCAUCUGAUCGAGGCUCACGAUCUUGCUGGGAUCAACCAAGGGGGUUUCAACAAGCCAUACGUAAAAGUCACCCUAGUACCGGAAGUUGACAGUCGCGAAAGACAAACCAGCGUAUUCGAGAACAACCCUAACCCAGUAUUCGACCAGGAUUUCAAAUUCGCAGUCAGCCAAGACGAUCUGCAAGAAAAAACUCUGAUUUUGCAGAUAUUCGAUCACGAUCACUUGUCGAGGAACGACGUAGUCGGCACCGUAAGGGUGUCCAUGGAUGAGCUUCAAUUGGUGCCCUUCACUUAUCCCACAGAAAUUUGGGGUGAAAUUGCUCGAGAUAUAAAACCACCCGAAGCUAGACAGGAAGUCCUGGUAUCGCUAUCUUACCUUCCGAAUGCGGAGAAACUCGAAGUGGGAGUAUUAGAGGCGAGAAAUUUGUUCCCUCCCGAGAACAAGGAAACUUUAGAUCCAUAUUGUAAAGUCAGCCUCCUUUUCGGGGAUAGGAGGGUGAAGAAGUGGAAGACGGCUCCAAACAAGAUGACCAGACAUCCGGUCUGGAACGAGGCUCGUUCGUUUAAAAUUUCAGCUUCGACGCUGCUCACAGCUGCCGUCGAGAUCUGCGUGUUGGACUCUAAUAGCGACCUGAACGGGGGAAACGUUAUCGUGGGCUCCUGCAUCCUGGGACCUGCGCCAAUCCCAGGAAUAGGACCAGAAGCUGGGAACAACCAGGGUCGGGAACACUGGCUCCACGUAACACGCUCUCCAGGAGCCCUUUCAAUGUGGCACACUCUUCAUUAGUUCUAACUCUCUUGGCGUCGAAGCCGACAUUCGAAAAAAAAAAAAAAAUGCGUUACAGUUAAUGGCAUUAUCGUACCAUUCGUAUCUAUUCUCGUCUGUUAAUUAUGGUGCCUCCAGAAGCAUCCAUAAUCCUUUUAAAAAAUCAUCCACGGUCGAAUACCUUGACCACUGUGAGCUAACGUCAGAGUAAAAGUGAUUUAAUAUUAUUAACGAUAAGAGUUCAACGGAAAAAAAAAAACAGAUGUGUUUAUAAUUGUUAUAUCAAUAACCGCACUAUACAAAAAAAAAUGACUAUAUAUUCUGAAAAAUCUUUCACGUGCCCAGAUGAGCAUUGUGAAGAAAAACGGUAUACCGUUCGUGCUAUUGUCCUCUCAUACAUGAGUAAUUACGGCAGCCAUUACGUAUAAGUUGAGAAAGAGCAGUAAUGAACGGAUUCGAUUCAGUAAUACGCAUCAAAAUACAUGCAUCAAAACUAAACGAUAAUUUACAUAGCAGUUAGGUGUUUUCCAAAAGGCCGUUUCUGUUUAUUACUCUGAGACAAUUUGCAAAGAAGACUUUUCUCUUAUGUUCGGCUAAUCGUCCUGCACUUGUUCGCUUGUUGUCACAAUUUACACCCCCAAAUGCUCAAAUCAUUCUCAGCUGUUACUGAUAAUUAAAAAAAGAAAUAAGCCUUUCGAGUCAGGUUAUUAAUCUCGAAGUAUUCCGAGAUGUCCUUACACGCACAGCGCAACGCCACAACCUUUUGUUCCCAAAAAAAAAGAAAAAAACGUUUCGUGCAUUAAGAUGUGUCAGAUGUUUCAGAAAUGUUUCCCGAAUAUUGUGUACUACGUAAGGGAUCUACGUUUAUGGCAAAACCGUGUUAUAACUGUCUAUUUAAGGUUAAACAUGAAGAGCCUAAUGAUAGGGAUGGGAUAAUAAUUAAUAAUUUAUAUCAAAGGCUUCUGAUAUGGUGAUUAAUUUUAUCCGCUAUAUUUAAUUAAUCGAAAGCCUAAAAGUAUCGUUGCUUUGGAACUGUUACAAAUGUAUAAAAGCACUGCAACAGGAACAAAUAUGAUUCCAUCAGAAAUUGACCUAAAAGAUGUUAUGCAUGUGAUGACUAAUGCUUAAUGAAUCCGUCUUAAAUCAUUAAACGAUGGCAAUCUGAAUGCGCACGUCGAGCAUUAAAAUUGAAAAAGGAAAUUCUUUGGCGUGCGUGCGUUCAUUUAUUCGUCCCACUUUCUACGUGCCUGAACCGGAGCAUAUACUUUAACAAGAUUUAAGUCUGAUUUUUACAAGUGAUAGGAACAAAAGGAACAAUUGUACGACCAACAUUCGCAUAUCACAUCGUAGAUGAUUUUCGAUUUUAAAUCUCUAAAUCACUCUGCGAAACUUCGGUUCUUACGAAUUGAUAUCGUAAUUAAAUAUCCUUAUGACUGUUACAAUGGUAGUUACUAUAUCCAUGCACCUUCAGAGCCCAGAAAUUAGCUUUUACUUUCUAGUCCCUUAAUCCUUCUAUUUUCUUAUCAUCGAAUCCUAGUCAUCGAAAGUACGAUUAAAGGAUUCACAUUUGACGAAUUAACUACCACUCUAUGUCUCAUGUACAUUUUCCAAAUUGACAUUUUCUGUGAUAACAUCUUGAACAUCUUGAAGUCACACAAACUCUCCAGUAGUUAUCGUUAAAGCCUAAACUCAGAUUACUUUCACGUGUCGAUACACUAUAAUAGCCACUAUAAAGGCCAAUGAAAGCACCCUAGUAGCACAAAAUAUUUCUCUUAUAUUUUCUAUAUAUUUAACGAAUAUCCUACAUUUUUUUAAU